ACCAAACAGACUAAACAGAUCUUCUGCGGCAGUCUCUAUCCUCACAGCGUACAGCGACCUUUCGACCUUGACUUUAACAGUGUAGUCCGAAAAUGGAAGCUGACAAAGAAUAUGAAGAGGCGCCUGGACCUUCUGAACAGCAGGAGCAUACGAACGGUUAAAAUGGACCACCUCUGUAAAACCAGAAAUCUGCGCAGUUUGCUGGAUUGAAGCAUUCAGGGUCUCCAUUUUUGAGGAUGGGGAAGACCCCGCUGUGAAGGGGAAGGAGGAGUUCAAGCACAAGAGCAAAAUCCAAGAAGAGGAGGAAAAUCUUCAUGCUUCCCCGUUAUCGUCCUCGCUAAUUAGGUUAAAGAACCUACAGAGAAACCUGACCACAUCAGUGACCAACGUUCAAAUUGCAGCUGAUGCCAAAGACAUGGAGCAAAGGUCAGCGAGGGAGCAGGACUGCAUACUUAGACAGAAGCAACUGGAAAAUUUUGCUAAGGCCAGUCAGGAAAAGUUUGAGGAGAUCACAAGAGGGUGGACGAUAGUUAGUGAGAAUGUGCACUUCUCAGAACUGCAGAGAGCCCGGGACAGCCAGAAGCAGUUGUGUGCUGCCCUGGUAGAAGAUAAGAGAAAAUUCAUAAGGGCCCAGCAACAGGAGAGCAGGGUCAAAAACGAUCAAGUUUUGAAGAUGUUGCAAAGGCGUGAUACAGAAAUCAACCUGAUGCUUGAGAGGAUGGAGGAACAGUUUAAAAACCUGACCAAGGCCUACAGGGAGGAGCUCGCCCAGAUUCAGAGAGUUUGUGAGCAGGAAAAUCUACUUAUCAAAGACAAGGCUGAGUUGUCCAAACACAUGAAGGAACAUUUCGACAGAGAGCUGGAGAGGGUGAUGGAGAGAAGGAAGGAGGUUGAGGAGUCUGAAAAGGCAAUUCACAAUUUGAUGUUGGAGACUACCAACAAAAUCAGCAUCAUGCAGAUUGAAGAAAAUGUAAAGUCCCAGGUUGAGCAUAAGAAGCAACAACAGAUGAAGAGCGCGGCUCUUAUUCUGAGACUUAAACAAAUCAGAGAUCUUGACAAGGAAAUGCAAAUCAAAGCCACCCUGGAUGAAGAGAAGUGCAGGAUAUUAAGUGUUUCGAAAAAGGCGGAAAAGCUAAAAUCCAAGUUUGCUGAACUAAAGGCAACGUUUAAGAAGCGGAGUCAUUUCUUGUCCAAGGUCUACACACACUACAGCCAACAACAUGAACGCAUACAGAAGGAAGUCAAGCACGCUGUAGUCGCCGAUAUCCGAAGGUUUGAGGAGAUGUGGGUAACGUUGGAGGAAGAGGUGACGCAACUAGCGGAGAAGGCUUUGGCCAUUGACUUUCUGAUCUGCAAGCAGCACCUUGGUUUAGCCUGGGAGUGUCCUUCAGCAACCUUCAUGGAGUCACCUGGUCCCAUCAGUUCUCAGAAACAUGCCACUAGCCCCACCCGUCAGCUGUUUCAAGCCAGCGAUGCUUCACAAUGCAGCCAGGGGAUGAUGGAUUCAUCAGUCGGGCCCGACCUGGAGACUGACUCGGAGGACGGCGCAGGAGUGGAGCAAGGGAAGUUGUCCUCUGAGACGCUGAUGAAAGUGAUGGAGCUGCUUUGUGAUGAAACGGGAUUCCUGGUUGAAAGUAAACUCCUGAACUUGCUGCCCACCCUGGAGAAACGUGAACAGUUUGUUGUGAAGCUCUAUUCUCUCUUUAGCGCUUUGGGCCUUGAAGAAAAGGAUGUACCCAAGUUGGCUGAGUUCUUGUUAAAUUAUGAACAUCAGCAGAGAGCGCAGACCGAGGGUGUUUUUGCUGAGUGCAGUGAGAUGGCAGAGGCCGUGGAGACCAGCGCCACAGCUGAUACGGCUUCUGAACUCAUUCAUCCUAACCACGUCCUGCCGGCUUUAAAAAGUUUCCUUGAGCAGUACAGGAAAGAGAGCUCUGCCUACCAACAUUCCAGUUUAGGGUCUCCAGAAGCCAGCGAUACUUCAGUGAACGACGCCUACUGGAAUAGUUUGGGUAACAUCAUCUCUGAAGACAGACUCAAACUGUGGGAUGUAGUGAAAAGGAAGCUAAACCAGUAUGAAAAAGUCCUGAUGGAGAUCUCCGAGUCUGACCCUGAAACUGAGCCCCUGAGGCAGGAAAACACUGAAUUGCGGAUGGAGCUGCAACAGAUGCUGAGUAGUACUCUGGAGGUAUAAUUAAUGAAUAAUUACUGCGGAGCUCCUUUGUGUUCAUUUGAAAAAUAAAGACCACCCUUAAAUGAUGA